UGCCCACUUUGUUUCCGGUCAAUCAUCGGCCUCCCCUGGCGCUAAAAAUCUUAAACCCUAAACCCUCCAUCACUAAACCUCUCCAAGGUUCACCUUUACUUUCGCCAUGGCUUCGGUGGCGAUAACCAGAAAAAACCACCUCGUCUCUUCUCUACUCUACAGUAUCCGAUGCCGAAGCUCAUAUUUCCGUCGUCCAAUCACCACCAGCCGCCUCAGCUUCACAACGUCAACUUCCACCUCCCCUUCGCCGGCAGAUACAGAAAUUCCCGUCUCCAGAACCAAAGUCCUUGAAGUAUUCAAAGAAGAAUUCGAAAUUGGAUCACGCCUACUCACGUUUGAAACAGGGAAGAUAGCGAGGUUCGCCAAUGGUGCAGUUGUAUUAGGCAUCGACGAUACUAAAGUGCUCUCCACAGUUUGCUCAUCUAAAGGCGAUGGUGUCCGCGAUUUUUUGCCUCUCACUGUCGAUUAUCAAGAGAAACAGUUUGCUCAAGGAGUGAUUCCAGGCACAUAUAUGCGAAGAGAAGGUGCUCCAAAAGAGCGAGAACUUCUAUGUGGUCGGCUAAUUGAUCGCCCUAUUCGGCCACUCUUUCCAGCUGGGUUUUACCAUGAGGUUCAGGUGAUGGCUAGUGUGCUUUCUUCAGAUGGGAAGCAAGAUCCAGAUGUAAUGGCAGCUAAUGCCACUUCUGCUGCACUUAUGUUAUCAGAUAUACCAUGGGGUGGCCCCAUUGGAAUGAUACGUGUAGGAAGGAUUGAUGGGCAUCUUGUUGUAAAUCCAACCGUGGAUGAGCUUAAUCUAAGUGAUCUCAACCUUGUAUAUGCCUGCACAAAAGACAAGACUUUGAUGUUAGAUGUACAAGCAAGUGAAAUUUCCGAAAAAGACCUUGAAGCUGCAUUUAGGUUUGCACAUCCUGAGGCAGUUAAAUUCAUCGCACCUCAGUUAAGACUCGCUGAAAAAGCAGGAAAACAGAAAAAAGAAUAUAAACUAUCAUUGGUGUCAGAAAGAACAAUGAAUAAAAUUCGUGAUUUGACUGAAACGCCCAUUGAAGCUGUUUUUACAGAUCCUUCUUAUGGAAAGUUUGAACGUGGAGAAGCCUUAGAUAAAAUUGCACAAAAUGUGAAAGGUAUUUUAGAGGAAGAAGGUGAUGAAGAAAGCUUAAAAGUUUUAUCAAAAACAGUUGAUACAGUGCGAAAGCAGAUUAUACGCAAAAGGAUCAUUACAGAAGGGUUUAGGCUGGAUGGAAGGCGUCUGGAUGAGGUCAGGCCUUUGUAUUGUGAAGCUGGCAGUUUACCUGGAUUGCAUGGUUCAGCUUUAUUUUCACGUGGAGAUACACAGGUUUUAUGUACAGUUACCCUUGGUGCCCCUGGGGACGCACAACGUUUGGAUUCAAUUGUGGGCCCCCCAACAAAACGGUUUAUGCUUCACUACAGUUUUCCACCUUUCUGUAUUAAUGAAGUUGGGAAACGAACUGGAUUAAAUCGUCGUGAAGUUGGACAUGGCACUCUAGCUGAAAAGGCUCUUGUUGCUGUAUUGCCUCCUGAACGUGACUUUCCAUAUACUGUUCGUAUCAAUUCUGAAGUCAUGAGCUCUGAUGGUUCAACAUCAAUGGCAACUGUCUGUGGAGGUAGUAUGGCUUUAAUGGAUGCUGGCAUCCCUUUACAGGAACAUGUUGCAGGGCUUUCAGUAGGCCUUGUUACUGAAGUUGAUUCAUCAACUGGCACUGUUAAUGAGUAUCGUAUACUAACUGAUAUUUUGGGUCUGGAAGAUCAUCUUGGGGACAUGGAUUUUAAAAUUGCAGGGACCCGAAAUGGAAUUACAGCAAUCCAAUUGGACAUAAAACCCGCUGGAAUUCCUCUUGAUAUUAUCUGUGAGUCACUGGGACCCGCAUAUAAAGGGAGACUCCAAAUCCUUGACCAUAUGGAACAAGAAAUAAAUGCAGCACGUGCUCAAGAUGGAAAAAAUUCUCCAAGAUUAGUUACCUUAAAAUAUAGCAACGAUGAUUUACGCCGAUUGAUUGGACCACUUGGCGCCUUGAAGAUGAAAAUCGAAGAAGAAACAGGUGCUCGGAUGUCUGUGAGUGAUGGGGCCCUAACUAUAGUCGCAAAGAAUCAAUCCGUAAUGGAAAAAGUGCAAGAAAAGGUUGAUUUAAUAAUUGGGAGAGCAAUUGAAGUAGGAGGUGUUUACAAAGGGAUUAUAACUUCAAUAAAAGAGUAUGGAGCUUUUGUAGAGUUCAAUGGUGGACAACAUGGCCUCUUACAUGUUUCUGAAUUAUCUCAUGAACCGAUAUCCAAAAUUUCAGAUGUGAUUUCAGUCGGGCAGCAACUUUCUUUAAUGUGUAUCGGGCAGGAUCUUCGUGGCAACAUAAAACUCUCUCUAAAAGCCACUUUACCUCAAAAGACCAAAAAACCCGAUCCAGUCAAAACAUCUUCGACACCUGUCGAGGAGGAUCCGCCACGUCAGCAAGAACCCCAGAAUUCCACAUCGUAUUCUGCCACAUCACCGAUUGUGAUCCGAAGCGCUGUUGAGUGUGAUGAGGAGGAGAAACUGUCCACUUUAGCUUCGAGUGUCAAACAUAACAGCAAAUUGCCACGUGUUUUGAAGACAAAAUCUUCUUCUCAAAAACCCAAGAGUUUAAAGUCUUUAAGUAAUGAGGAUGAAUUAGGUUGUGAUUUGGGAUCUAAAAAAACUAAAGGGGUGAAACCGUUUUUACUAACGGAAAAAAGAACGAAUAGUGGUUCUAAUUAUACAAGCUCAGAAGAAGAAGAAGAGGAAGAUGAUGAUAAACAUAAACAUAUGUUUGCAAAUGUAGUGGAUAUUUCUGAUUUUUUUAAAGAUAGAGAAUCAAAAGUAGAGGAGACUUCAAUUGAUGCAAAAAAGCUGAAGCUUGGAACAAAAGUAACUGCAAAGAUUGUUCAAGUACGUGCUCGUGGAUUAGUAUUGGAUUUGGGUGGUGGAAUUAAUGGGAUGUAUCGGUUUGAGGGUGGUGGGAAGCAGGAUUUUGAAGUAGGCAGUGAGGUACGAGUACAAUGUACAAGCUUUAACAGCAAGGGUAUUCCUGUAAUGUCAAUUGUGCAGGAUGAUUAGAGUGAUGACAUGAAGAUUGCUUGAUUUUUUUUAUAGAUAAUUAAUAUUAAUAUUAUAUUAUCUAUAACGGGUUUUGUAGAAUAGUGUAUGGAGUUAAAUGCAAGAGACCAAAUUGUUGAUCUCUAAUUUUUAUUUUGAAAAAUUGUUACGAUUUGAGGUAGAGUUUCAUGGGUUCCUAUGAUCAAUUGUUCAUGAUACCUUUUGUAAGUUGUCUCAAUAAAUUUAACUAAUUCAAAUAUGUUUAUUUGUUUA